AUGCGGAUUUUGAGUGUCUGGGCUUUCACAGCCCUUUUGAUCGUCGCUAGCGGAAGGAGAAGAAUUUACACGGAAGAAGAUGAAGCGAAAUAUCUGCAGCAGCUGAAACAACAGGAAUUGCGAAAUUUCGAGAUGGAAAUGAAACAACAGGCCGAGCAGAGAGGAGUCAAGUAUUCGAGCAGCCAACUAGGGGUGCAGCUGGAUGGUGGAAGUUCUGAGAACGAUGAGUUGCCGAGCGAAUUAAGAGGACCGGUGGUUCCAUGGAGUAGAAAGAGUACUCCAGCCAAGGAGAAAACGCAAGCUUUGGCUCUGAGAUCUCAACCAUUUACUGAGAUCAGCUCCCGAAGAAGCGAGGAUGACACUGAUGGAUUUGAUGAUGACGAUCAUUGGUGCUACUAUUGUGCAACGCCGAUUGACAAAGUGAAGCCAGAAAUGAGAAGAUCCAUUCGGAAUCUUCUAGAAAUGAGAAGAACUUCUUUUCCAGUCGACGCCGUCACCACCGAUUGCCAUUCUGCCAGGAACAAAACAAAACUGAAGAAGCAGAAGUGUACCUACAAGUACUGUCAAACACUGUCGAUUCUGGAUAGAAACGCCGGAAAUUCGUUUGUUGUGCGUGGGUGUGCCGAGCAUUUUGGAGCCAUAAACGUGCCCGAGUUGGAGAAGAAGAAUGAUCAUUCUUGUGAAAUGUUACACGAAAAACUGGAAAUCAAAGAAUGUAUUUGCAAGAACGACAAAUACUGCAACGCCGGAUGGGGUAAAAGGAGUACAAACGGAGUGUUCCAACAGUUCCACCUCGCUUUCAUCACUUUGUUUGCCCUCUUUUCACUUAUUUUGUAA